CCCAUCCUCGUAGCACAUGCUAACGUAAUUAAAGUAAUCAUCAUCUUCAUACUACAACUUUCUUACCUUAUGAUUUAUUUAAUUACAAACACAAUUAUUUAUUGAUUAUUAUUAUUGCUUAAACUAAUAACAACACAAGAUAAAAUCAUAACAAGUCCCCCAAACCUUUGCAUCUCAUGCACACUCAGGCAGAUUCAGUACUUACUGCUUAAAUAUUCCUUCCUUUUUCUUCAAAUCAGAGCAAACUCCAGCUAACCAUUUUUGCCCCAAUUUCCCUAUCAAAUUCUUAAAUUCCAACUUCAUCACCACCUCUCAUAAUCAAGCCCUUUUUCGAAUCAUCCAAAGUUCCUUCUGUAUAAACCCUGAUUUCUGUAAUCCAUCCAUCUAUCCAUCCCCAGAUUGAUUAAAUCUCAGCUUCCCCUUUUGGCUUCGUUGGUGUCUUUUCUUGUUAGCAUAUCUGUGAUUGGAGGAAUUUCUAGGAAGCCCAGCUGCAAAUCGAGCCUAAGGGUCGUUUGUACCGCCAAUAAAACCUACUUUUUUUUUUGAAUUUAACAAUUGGGGGUUUUUGUGAUAUUACUCUCUUUUAAGUUAUUCAAUUCGAUUAAAAGAUUAGAUCUUUAUAAGGUUUUGUACGUAGCCCACUUGUUUUUGCUGUCCUGAAUCAUGUUUUGAAGCUGAAUUCUGGAGAUUCUCUGGGUUCUCAUUUGAUUGCUGGGGUGAACGAGAUUACAAAGGGUUACUGUGUUUAUUCUCCACGGUUUAUUUAGCAGAAAAGAGGAUUACAACUGCAGAACAUCAAAAUAUAAUGGACAAGUACGAGCUAGUUAAGGACAUAGGGUCCGGUAAUUUUGGAGUGGCUAGGCUUAUGAGACACAAAGAGACUAAGGAGCUGGUUGCCAUGAAAUACAUUGAGAGAGGACACAAGAUUGAUGAGAAUGUUGCUCGAGAGAUUAUAAACCACAAAUCUCUUAGGCAUCCAAACAUCAUUCGGUUCAAGGAGGUGGUAUUGACUCCAACCCAUCUUGCCAUAGUUAUGGAAUAUGCUGCUGGUGGCGAGCUCUUUGAAAGAAUCUGUAAUGCUGGACGGUUUAGUGAAGAUGAGGCCAGGUAUUUCUUUCAGCAGCUUAUCUCAGGAGUCAAUUACUGUCAUUCCAUGCAAAUCUGCCAUAGAGAUUUGAAGCUGGAGAACACUCUUCUGGAUGGAAGCCCUGCCCCUCGUCUGAAAAUUUGCGACUUUGGUUACUCUAAGUCUUCCCUUCUGCAUUCAAGACCCAAGUCGACUGUUGGUACUCCUGCUUAUAUUGCUCCAGAGGUAUUACAAAGGAGAGAGUAUGACGGCAAGUUGGCUGAUGUAUGGUCAUGUGGUGUGACUCUCUAUGUUAUGCUUGUGGGAGCUUACCCCUUCGAAGAUCAAGAAGAUCCUAAAAAUUUCAGGAAGACAAUCCAGAGAAUCAUGGCAGUGCAGUACAAGAUUCCUGACUAUGUCCAUAUAUCUCAAGAUUGUAGGCACCUUCUAUCUCGUAUAUUUGUCGCAAAUCCACAUCGGGUAUGUAUCCUAUUUUUGACUAUCGUUUGGGUUCUCCAUGACUUGCAUUCUUAAACUUGUCUUAUUAGCAAUUAUUUCUAUUUUCACUCAUUCAGUAGCAUUUUUACAUGUUUUAUACAUUGUGAAUUACAUUUAAUGAUAAUGCGUUUACUUCCCUUAAGAGCAGAUUUCCAUUCUUCACCCUUGCUCACUAUCCUGUUUGUUUAUUAUUUUUCCACUUCAGGCAAAAGGCUGAAUUAAUGCAACUGUUACAUAUUAUAGCAUUAUUGUUUAUGUAUUUUUUUUUUUUUAAAUUUUGCAGAGGAUCACAAUCAAAGACAUAAAAUCACAUCCGUGGUUUUUGAAGAAUCUACCAAGGGAAUUAACGGAUGCAGCACAAGCUGCCUAUUACAGAAGAGAAAACCCGACUUUCUCCCUUCAAAGUGCGGAGGAGAUUACUAGAAUUGUCAGUGAAGCUAAGACGCCGCCUCCUGUUUCCCGCUCAAUCGGUGGUUUUGGCUGGGGAGGUGAGGAAGAUGAGGAGAAAGAAGAAGAUUUGGAGGGGGAAGUUGAGGAGGAGGAGGAAGAUGAGGAAGAUGAAUAUGAUAAGCAAGUGAAAGAGGCUCAAGCAAGUGGAGAAGUCCCUCUGAGCUGAAAGCUCAUCAUCUUUGGUUUUUUGUCUUCAAUACUAAGUCUUAGUUUGAGUCCAUCAACUUUGGAAGCUUUUAUGGUUGUGUAAAGUUAUGUUUUCGCUUUGUAGAUUAUGGGAUGUUAUGAUAAAAAGGGCCGUGAAUUACUCUAGUCAGUAAUGGGACAGGCAUAUGUGCAAUGCCUGUGAAUUUGAACUUAUUGAGAGUCUGAUUUCAUCAGUGUGAUUGUGAACGUUGAAAGCUCAGCCAUUUGCUUGUGUUGGUGUCUGUAAUAUUUCUCCCCCUUCGGAAUGGUUGUCAGUUAUUAUAGGUCUUGUUUGUUAUAGUGGUUACAGUUUGUUUGUUACAUUUUUUGAACUUAUCUGAAUCGCUACUGGAAUGGCCAGUUAAGCUUAAGAGGGAGCUUCAAUGAACCUUCACAGAGGAGAAUGUUUCUAGUUGAUAGCAGCUUUUCUUGAAUAUUUAUGAAUUGAUUGAUCGUGAUUCGAUUCUGUAUCACUUUGGCUUUAGCACAAAAGAUAUUGACGGAAUGUCUCGAUAUUGACAGCUUUGUCAUCAACUAUAUAAAAAUGUGUUAAGAAUCCAUUAUUGCUGCCACCAUCUCUCAGUGGAAUACAACUUUUGCUCAUCAAGUUAUUGGAAAACAACAUGCACCAUCAGUCUUCCAGUUUGAUUGAAGAAGCAAAAGAGAAAGAUGUUAGCCUGUUAGCUUUGAAAAGUAUUAUGCAGGUGGCCUUUUUCACCCUUUCAAAC